CGCAAAAUAAUUAGGUUUUUUGGAAAUAAAAUUGCAUAUCAAAGGACGAAGCAGGUGGUAGAAUGAAAGUAAAAAUCAAAAAUUGGGUGAGUGUGGCAACCUGGCGAUGGAUAGCUAACGACGACAAUUGUGGAAUAUGCCGAAUGCCAUUCGAAAGCUGUUGUACUGAAUGCACAUUACCCGGUGACGACUGUCCUCUUGUUUGGGGUGCUUGUUCGCAUUGCUUCCACAUGCAUUGCAUCGUCAAAUGGCUUAACUCACAACCAAUGUCACAACAGUGCCCGAUGUGUCGACAGGCUUGGAAAUUUAACGACAAAUGAUCUCUCUCUCUCCAAAAUAAUAAAUUAUCAGAAUAAACUACGAGAUAAGGAAUAAAAUCUAUUUGAAGAAUAAGAAAAAA